AUCUUCUGGGAGGGAACGGUUGAGAGGAAAAAGGGUGGAAGGGGAGGGGCCUAUGGUAAAACAACAUUUCUUUUCACUUCCUCUUUGGGACUUCAGAAUUGGUCUGUCCUCCCCCCGGGUGGAAUCGGUCAGGCCUCGAGAGAAGUCUGGGACUGCCACGCCGGUGCUGCCAGGGCCACCGUGUGCCAGGAAUUGAUGCAGAUCCCUUCAACCCGCCCCCUCCCUGCUGCCCGGAGUGACCGAGCCGAGUGUGUGCCCUGCCCCCCUUUGGGCGACAUGCUACUGUGGACAGCUCUGCUCUUCUUGGGUCCAGUCCUUGGGACACCUGGUCUCCCGAAGGCUGUGGUGGACCUGGAGCCCCCGUGGAUCCUCGUGCUCCGGGAGGACGAUGUGACUCUGAAGUGCCAGGGGGCCCACACAGCCGGGGACCACUCCAUCCGGUGGUUCCAUAAUGGGAGCUCCAUCCCCACGCAGGUCCGGCCCAACUACAGCUUUAAGGCCACCGAGAAGGAUAGAGGGGAGUACGCGUGCCAGACGGACCAGACCAGCCUCAGUGACCCCGUGUAUCUGGAUGUGUUUUCCGACUGGCUGGUGCUCCAGACCCCUAGCCUGGUGUUCCAGAAGGGGGAGCCCAUCGUGCUGAGGUGCCACAGCUGGAGGAACAAGCCUCUGUACAAGAUCACGUUCUUCCAGAAUGGAAAAUCCAAGCAGUUUUCCCCCAUGAAUUCCACCUUCUCCAUCCCACGGGCAAACCUCAGUCACAGCGGCGAGUACCAUUGCACGGGACUGAUAGGGAGGAGUCUGCAGGCGUCACAGCCCGUGGCCAUCACCGUCCAAGGGUCCAGUUGGAGCGACUCCUCAGUGACGGUGAUGAUUGCGGUCGCGGUCGCUGGCAUUGCUGCCGUGGCCAUCCUUGCUGCCGUUGUGGCCUGGUUCCGCCACAGGCAAAAGCAGACUUCAGGAUACCCUGAGCACAGGGAAAUGGGAGAGACCCUCCCUGAGGAACCAGCCAAUCUCACGGAUGCUGAAGAUGCCGCCAAAGUUGAGGCUGAGAAUGCCAUCACCUAUUCACUUCUCUUGCAUCCGGAAGCCAUAGAGGAAGAAGCAGAGGAGCCGGAUUACCAGAACCACAUUUAAUCUCCGUUGUCUUGCCUGAGACCGGGGGAGGAGAAUCAGAGGGGCCAGAAUCGGAGAAUCAGAAUUCUUGCCUGGCCUGAACUCCCCUUGGGGAGGACAAGAGGCUGCUGCGGUUCCAAAGAAGGAGAAGGACUCUUCCAGAGCGACCUGUGUGAAUCCUGAAGCUCCCUGUCCUCAAAGACAAUACGGCCCCAGAUAACUGACUGUAGUGAGUCCUUCUGUGACUCUGUCCUUCUCACCAUCGAGACUCUUCUGCAUACAUCCACACGGCAGAUAAAAAAUUACAUUUAUUAAGAGAUUGUAGCAACAUGGGAAAUAUUUAUGUCACAGGCACAUGAGAAACAUUAUGGAAGUAUGUACAAUUUCAGAAAUGAUGAAACAGACUAACAUUGGCCAACACAUUAAAAGUGGUUGUUUCAGGGUCAUGGCGUUAAUUAUGGGUGCUUUCCAUUUUCCUUCCUUAUUUUUCUACACAGACCAUGUGUUCCUUUUAUAAUAAAAUACUAUAAAAACAACUUUCCCUUUCCCUUUUAAAGGCCGUAUUGGUUGGAGUGUAGACAGGUCUAUUUCUUUCCAGCGAUACAAAUCUUGGGCAGGUGGUGAUGGGAAGGAGGUGGAGGAGAGGGAAGAUUUGGAGUAUAGGGUGAGUGUCCCACUUAAAACUGACUACUCUUGGGGCACCUGGGUGGCUCAGUCGGUUGAGCUUCCAACUUCGGCUCAGUUCAUGAUCUCACGGCUCGUGAGUUCGAGCCCCGAGUUCGACCUCUGUGCUGACAGCUCGGAGCCUGGAACCUGCUUCUGAUUCUGUGUCUCCCUCUCUGCCCCUAACCCACUUGCAUUCUGUCUCUGUCUCUCUCAAAAAUAAAUAAACAUUAAAAAAAAUUAAAAAAAAAAAACUGACUACUCUCAGCAAACACAUCUUCUGGUUUCC